AUGAACUACUCUAAACGAGGCCGUCAGCCCGCCAUCUGUCGUGAUAGAGAUGAAAAAGUGCAGAAACGAAGAGUGAAUGUACCUAAUAAUUCUACCUACCCUUUUUAUAUAUUCGACAACCAUUAUCACUUUCAUCACCAUUCCAUCACGAAACGGUCGAUAACUCCUGCGCACGAUCACCAUUCCAAGCUAGAGGGAGACACUCGUGUGAGAUGGGCGAAACAGCAGCGAGCUCUCUCAAGACGGAAAAGAGACUUUCAAACUAUACCAGACCUUUCUUCUACAGCUGAGACAUCAUCAGCCUCGGCAACAGCAUCGAAGCGGGACGCAAAUUCAAAGCGCGAGCUCCAACCGUCACGAGUGAAGGGACGGCCACGAGCCGCUGACACCAAGUUCCAGCUCAACGACCCCAAGUGGCCCCAUAUGUGGUAUUUAAACCGAGGCGGAGGCUUGGACAUGAACGUUAUCCCUGCGUGGCGGGAAGGCAUCACGGGUCGCGGUGUUGUGGUCACCAUCCUCGACGACGGCCUGGAGACAGAUCACCCAGAUCUCACUGCCAAUUACGAUCCGAUGGCAUCAUAUGACGUCAACUCACACGACUCAGACCCACAACCGCGGUACGAUAUGAUCGACUCAAAUCGGCACGGAACACGUUGUGCAGGCGAGGUUGCAGCCACUGCCAACAAUUCACUGUGUGCUGUUGGCGUUGCGUACGGGGCUAGUGUGGGAGGCGUUCGAAUGUUGGAUGGUGACGUCACAGAUGCGGUAGAAGCCCGAUCAUUGAGCUUAAACCCUCAGCACGUAGACAUCUAUAGCGCAUCAUGGGGACCAGAUGAUGAUGGCAAGACUGUGGACGGUCCAGGCGAAUUGGCGACCAGAGCAUUCAUUGAAGGAGUUACCAAGGGUCGUAACGGCAAAGGGUCUAUCUUCGUGUGGGCCUCAGGAAAUGGCGGCAGAGAACACGAUAACUGCAACUGCGAUGGUUAUACAAACUCUAUUUGGACACUGUCGAUAUCGUCGGCUACGGAGCGGGGAGAAGUGCCGUGGUAUUCGGAAAUGUGCAGCUCGACUUUAGCUGCUACAUAUAGCAGUGGGGCUAUUAAUGAGAAACAGGUGGUGACCACAGAUCUCCACCAUUCCUGUACAGCAGGACACACAGGAACUUCGGCAUCUGCGCCGCUAGCUGCAGGCAUCUGUGCCCUUGCGUUACAAGCCAACAGAGAUCUUACGUGGAGAGAUAUGCAGCAUAUAGUGGUGCGCACAGCAAGACCAGAACGUCUGAGCAUCGGCGGUGAAUGGAAGCUUAACGGUGUUGGUCGCAACGUAUCGCAUUCCUUUGGAUACGGGCUUCUGGACGCUGCUGGAAUGGUUCGGUUGGCCAGAACUUGGCGAACCGUACCGGCGCAAAGAAGAUGUGAACUAGCGGCCCCCAGACCACAACGGGUUGUGCCGCCGAGAUCUUCUGUUUCCUUACAGUUGGACGUAGGAGCUUGUCCCGGAGUCAACUAUCUAGAGCAUGUUCAAGCACGGGUUUCUUUGUCCGCCGCUCGUCGAGGAGAUCUCCGUAUAUCGCUUACAUCACCUGCUGGAACUAAGGUCACUCUGCUGGCUCCCAGACCGCACGAUUCAUCGCGCGCUGGUUUCAACUCUUGGCCUUUUAUGUCUGUGCACAUGUGGGGCGAGUCGCCCCUGGGCAUCUGGCAACUAGAAGUCACCAAUGAAGGACGUUAUAUGGCGGGACCUCUUACUCAGUGGGAACUUAUCUUCUACGGAACUGAGACACCUCCUCAAGAAUACGACGCGUCUCCUGAUUCUAACACUUUGGGUGGGGGAAACAACCUGGCCAACGAGGGAGCAGGCUUGUCUAAUGAGGGAGGAGGAGCAGCGCCCCCGCCAUGGGGUGCAGUCAGUGACACCGACUCUAGCGAGGACGGACAUUCAAAUACGCUCGGCGAAGACCUGACUCUCGUUUCGUGGCAUUCGCAUACGAUAAGCGAAGACAGUCCACCCGAAGCGGGAGACACUGGCAGCGCAGGUCAAUACACAGGCAAUGCGUCAGGUUGCUCUACACACGCCCCAGAGUCACCACAUGCGUGCCUAGAAUGCGCGAAGGGCUUACAUUUGUACUCCGGUCGGUGCUUCAAGCGUUGUCCCGAUGGUACAUACGCCAGUGAAAUUUUAAGAGAAAGAAGCUCAAGAAGACGUAAUCUUACUUAUUUUUCUGAGGGAGUGGUCAGGAAGCGACAGGAUGGUGUAGUAUCUGCGCAAACCGCACUGGAGGCGUUAGAUAUGGAGCCUUCUGAUAAUAAGAGUAAAACUCCACUUACCUGUCUUCUUUGUCACUAUACAUGCGCUACGUGUAUGGGCCCCCACAACGAUCAAUGUUUAUCCUGCUUAGACGAUGCACACCUAUACAACGAUACCGAUACAGAACCAAAAUUUUAUUGCUACUCUAACACGAUUGUUUCACAAUUAAAGUACGCUAAUUGGCACUACAGGCUCAAUAUCAUCCUUGCCGUAUUGUUAUUUGGAGUCAUUUCUAUUUCGUUGUAUGUUGUUGUGUCUUAUUUCAUUAAAAAGUGGUGUUGCGGUGGACAUUACCAUUCCAACGUGGCCUAUAACAAGUUGGCUGUAGAUGAUAAACAACAGAGCGCUAUGGAGAUCGAAGAAGAAAUACACAAAGCUUUGAAGGACUGUAGCGAAAGUGAAUCCGAUGAUGAUUUAAAUUUAUAG